AUGAAGAAGUACCGUAGAAUGGUAUUAUAUUUAGUAACAGAAGCGUUUAGUAAAUUAGGUUCGCCAACAAUUCGUAAUGAUGACUUUUAUGAUCGUAUUAGUCGUCGAUAUUCUCUUGUUGUAAUUGGUAUAUCAUUUUUAAUUAUUUCAACAUCACAAUUUAUUGGUGAUCCAAUUGAUUGUUAUACCCAAAACGUUGCUCAACAUCAAAUUUCAUAUGUAAAUCAAGCAUGUUGGAUAUUUGGUAAUUCGUAUUAUUUACCGUUUGAUAAAUCACUGCCAAAUCGAUACGAAAAAGAACCAAAUCAAAUAAUUUAUUAUCAAUGGGUUCCAUUUAUUUUACUUGGCAUGAUGCUCUUAUUUUCUUUUCCCAGUUUUAUGUGGAUAUCGAUCAAUCGUUCAUGUGGUAUUAAUACAAAAACAUUAACAAAGUUAAUUCGAGAUUUGGAUCAUUUAAAUCCUGAUUCACAUCAGCCAAAAAUUCGUACACUUACUCAACAUAUUGACAAAGCAUUAGCCUAUCAUUAUCAAUCAAAAAAUGGACUCUUUUCAUGUAUUCGAAGUGGAAAUUAUCUAACAGGCGUGUAUCUUAUUGUAAAAUUAUUAUAUAUUCUUAAUGGUAUUGGUCAAUUAUUUUUGUUAAAUAUUUUCAUUGGACAAAACUAUUCAAAAUAUGGUCUAAAUGCUUUAAAACAAUGGUAUCAAGGAACAGAAAUGAUAACAUUAGAAUAUUUUCCACGUAUAACAAUUUGCAAAUAUACAAUUCGUAUGUUAGGUGAUAAUAUUCAAAAUUAUGCUGUUCAAUGUUUAUUACCCAUUAAUAUAUAUAAUGAAAAAAUUUUCUUAUUUCUCUGGUUUUGGUUAAUAUUUGUUUCGAUAAUAUCAAUCUAUGGUCUUGUUAAAUGGUGUUAUUAUUUUUCAACACGAUCACGCAUCCAAUUUAUUGAACAGUAUUUAAAAGUUCAUUCACUUUAUCCACCAUCACAACAACUGGAAAUAUUUUUGAACGAAUAUUGUCGAAAUGAUGGACUUUUACUAUUGAGACUAAUAUCAAAAAAUACAACCAGAAUUGUGGCAUGUGAAAUUGUCUGUGAAUUAUGGGAAAAUUGGAAGAUAAAACAAAAAAUAAACUCGUCCAUGGAUAGUGAAGGAUUAAAAUUAUUCAUUGAAUCUACAAUCAUUUGA